AUGUCUAUCCAAGCUUCAAAGUUUACGCCGGAUGAUUUUAGUUAUAUAAUAGGCAUAGAUUUUGGUACUACGUUUUCUGGCUGCUCUUACGUGUACGCAAAAGAUAGUACAAAUGAAGUUGACGAAAUUAAAGAAUGGCCAAGACAAGGCUCUGCAAUCUAUCCUAAAGUACCGACAGUAUUGCUUUACGAAAAAGAUAGCAAGAAGAUGAUUGCAUGGGGAUAUGAUGCUAUUCGUCAAGCUAGUGUUCCAAACAACAACGGAAUACUAGUAAAUAAGUUCAAGCUCUUCCUUGAUACGAGCAUCCACAGUCCUACUGAGCUUCCGAAUGGGUUGACACCCCUUGAAGUAAUUUCUGAUUACCUUUCCGGAUUCCACGCACAUAUUCUCGUGGUGCUUAAACGCUCUCUUGGAAAAAUAUUCGAUCCUUCAAAGUUCAGAUAUUGUCUUACUGUGCCAGCCAUGUGGAGUGAUCGAGCUAAGAAUAUUAUGCGUGAGGCUGCUAUAAAAUCCAAUAUUAUCAAACGGGCCGAUCAUCCAGACCGACUGAUAUUAACCAGUGAACCUGAAGCGGCUGCCAUAUAUUGCGAAAAGAAGUCUAAUCAGUUCAAGCUUACUGAUGGGCAGAGAUUUAUGAUAUGUGAUGCUGGAGGUGGGACGGUUGACUUGGUUGUGUUUGAGAUAAAUGAUACCUCAAACAAUAGAAGUCUUUGUGAAGUUACAACAGGUUCAGGAAGUUCUUGUGGCUCAGCAUUUUUGGACCAAAAUAUGAGACAUUUUAUUGAAAAACGAUUUGGUCGAUUUGCCAAAGAAAACAAAUUGGUCAUCGACGACCUUGUGGAUCAAUUUAUAACUGGGACAAAGCCUGGAUUUGAAAAUGAUGAUGAUGAGUAUUUAACUCUACGGGCUGGAACUAAGUUUGGUGAUCAAGACCCAUCCAAAUUUGGAAUAAUGGAUGACACUUUUUAUAUAACAGUGGAUGAGCUUCGAGAGGAGAUAUUCAAUCCUGUUGUUAAUCAGGUUAUCGAUCUAAUCAAGGGACAGAUUAACCAGAGCAAGAAGAAUAUUGACGCGAUAUUUUUGGUGGGAGGAUUCGGCCAGUCCAAGUAUCUUUACAAUACCAUCAAAAACAAAUUUAAGGAUCAAGUAGGAAUUAUAGCUCUUCCUUCACGUGGAGAAAUGGCUGUUGUUCGAGGUGCUGUAAUGUUUGGAAAAAAUCCGCGUGUUGUAACCCAUCGGAUUGCUCGGCGUACAUAUGGCUUGAAAGCCCUCUUGACAUUUGAUCCACUCCUUGACCCAGAAAAUCUGAAAGUGGUAAUGCCUAAUGGAUAUGUGCAAUCCAGUAACCGUUUUGCAGUUUACAUCAAUAAGGGUGAAUCUGUGAUGGUUGAUAAAUGCGUUUCAAAAACUUUCUGGACAUUUUAUCCUAUCAAGAUAUCUCCAGAUCUAUACGCUUAUGAUGGCGAUGAUCCACCCCCACGCCAUGUCACAGACCCUCGUAUUUGGAUGGUAUCUGCAUUCCCUAUAUCGAUGCCAGAAUAUACUUCUCUUAAUGAAAGUACAUCUGUCAAAUUGACAGUCAACAUGUAUUUUGGUUUAACCGAGAUUCGUAUGGAAGUUGUCAUUAAGGGAAAAGUUUUUAUACUCGCCUCUGCCUUUGAUACCCAUGAGAUGAAAAAUACAUCAUCUAAUAUCAGUAGCCCGGAUACUUCUUGCCCUACCACUUCUUCCCAAGGAUCCGUAAAAACCACAUCCAAAGAGAAGAACACCCGAGAAAAACUGUCGAGCCCCCCCAUACCGCUUUACAGAGAUUUUCCUUUUGGUAUUGGCUUAAAUGAGUGGUCCAUUUCAAAUGCACAACCACCUCUGGGAGGAUGCCAAAAUUCUGAAGAAAACAAAAAUAAGCCUAGGAAUAAGCCCAAGAAUAAGAGAAAUAAGAAGAAAAAGGAGACGAAGAUAUGAAAUAUAAAAUUAUACUACAC